GCCCAACUGCACAUGCAUCUUUCCCUUUCCCACAUGGUCGGGCGCUUCGCGGCUGAAAAUAGAAGCUAUCCAACUGACCUCUAGGCUCACACUGGCUAUUCCCCCCAAUCUUCUUCUAGACAUUUGUUGGUGGGAACUACCUAUUGUUGUCAUUAUUAUUAUUAUUUCUGGAUCGCUUCUCUUAUUAGUUAUUAGUUCUGCUUGGGGCGUCUUGUCUGUCCAUGGUAGCUCAAUAUAAUAACUGCGUUGUUUGCCUCUCUCAUACUCCCUCUCUCUCCUCCGCAACACCACUUCCGAUUGCUCUCCUGCUGCCUGCCUUGUCUUGACAUUCGGCCUUUGAGAAUCCAGCUUACACUGUUCAUACAAUGCCUCCACAGCAGGGUGAGGUGUCAUUGACGGUCCUUUUCGCCGAUGUCCACUACUUCUUCUCCCCGCCGACCCACAAACCCCCGCACCACCGCUUCGACAAAGGCUCAUAUGUCUACCUGUACCACAAUCCCAUUCAGCAGCGCGGGAGGAUAGAGAUUGCAAACUAUGCUGGUACACCGGAUCAGGAUGCCUUCGCUGGCAAUCUUGAUACCGUCAAGAUAGAACAAAGCUACAAGCACCCAUGCCUCUUCACCCUCACCGUGGAUGGCUUCAGGAGUCAGGGAGGGAGUGCUGGACCCAGCCCUCAACAGGACAUGUCACAAUGGCACCUCCCCGCCCCCGACCCCAGAAACGACGGCAAAUACAUGUACCGCCUGCAUACAGUGGAAUUGUACUUCUGGACGGUGGAUGACUCGACAAUGUUCCUGGACCAGAUGCGCCGGGUGGUGCAGUCACAUCAGCUCCAGAUUGUGGCUAACCCACAACUCACCCCGAGCCAUGCAGAGCACAAGAACGACAUGAUGAACCCAGUCGUCGCCAAGUUGGAGAAGGCGGCCAUCUCACACAACAGUCGAAGCCCGAGCAUAAGUACCACGCAAUCGUUUCCUGGCCCACCGACUGCUCCUCCUCCGCAGUCGAGUCCACCUGCCGCCGAUGCCUCGACGUCGUUCGCCCCCAUGGCCUACAACCCGGCUGCCCCAGCAGCACCGGAGCCGAUUGCUCAUCGCGAGAAGACACCCCCUCCGCUCGAUGCGGCAGAUGGCACUGGUCUAGGACAUGCCGCGGCGCAGGACCACCCACCUCAGUACGCAAACCCAUUGCAGAACUCCUUCUCCCCGCAGCCGACCACAGGGCCAUACAUCCCCGGCCCUCCCUCACGAACCUCAAACUACAACACCCCAUCGCCAGGCGUACAGCGCACGAAUACGACCGGUUCGAUCCCACCUCCACCGCAGAGCCCGCCCGCGUUUGCGCCUCCUCCAGCAGGGCCUCCCCCAGGAACGUACGAUCCGCACGGCAGCUCGACCCCUCAGCCGGGAUCCCAGCGACAGUCGGUCGUGCCCGUACAGCAGUUCGCAAACUACCCGGGCUCUCCAGGCCACCCGCCCGUCCAGUCCCCCGGAUUCCCCAACCAAUCGCCCAUGCCAUCGCCGGCCUUCUCUCCACAGCAGCAACAGCAGCAACAAUACCAACCGCUCGCCUCCCCUCCGCCGACAGGAGGCUUCAACCAGUACUCGUACAGCAGCACGACGCAGCAAACGCCGGGCACGAACCCGUUCAACAUGCACCAGCAGCUCUACCGCCCCACGGAGCAGGAGGCCAGCGUGGUCGGGAACGAAGCCCCCGCCGGACAGCGACAGUCCAACAUCGGCAAGCGCGCCGAGAAGGUCGAGAAGGGAGUUGGGAAGUUCCUGAAGAAGCUGGACAAGAAGUUCUAAAGAAGGGUUCGCCCUUGUUUUUUUCCCCUUUCCUUGUUGAUAUUAUUAUUAUCUUGCGGUUUCUCCUCACUGUUCACACUGCGCAUUCGACGCCGAUGCAUAUUUGCGAAGAUCUAUCUCAUUGAGCGAGCGAGCGAGCGGGUAAAGCGAAGCGACGUAUUGUCCUUUGUAGAUGAAUGGUUGCCAACGUAACGUCUCUUGACCUGAUUAUAUAUGUUCCGUCUUGCUAGUACUGGUACGGAUUGACGACUACGAGAGAUGAUAGUUAUGCGAUUAUUUACAUAUGCAGACAGAAUUGGCUUGAUUAGAAAGACGAAGAAGAAGAGAAAAAAAACAAUAACUAGUUAAUAAUACCCACUCGUUACGUC